AUGAGCGGUAUUGGAGAAUCAAGAACAGAACUUUUAAAUUGGUUAAAUGAAAUCCUACAUUUAAAUUACAAAAAAGUCGAAGAAUGUGGUACAGGUGCUGCUUAUUGUCAAAUUAUGGAUUCGAUAUAUGGUGAUCUACCGAUGCAUAGAGUUAAAUUCAAUACAGGUCUAGAAUAUGAGUACCAGACAAAUUAUAAGAUCCUACAAUCUUGUUUCACAAGACAUCAUAUUGAUAAGACUGUGUACGUUGAGAGAUUAAUCCGUUGUAGAUUUCAAGAUAAUUUAGAAUUUUUGCAAUGGAUUAAAAAAUAUUGGUCUCAAAAUAAGGAUGCUUCAGAAUAUAAUCCUGAAUCAAGAAGACAUAUGAGCGCGAAUCCUACUACAUCUUCUCACACAAGAAAUAUAUCAAACCGCCCCACUUCAAGAUCAACUUCAACUAAUUUUAAUAAUAACAAUAAUAAUACUGGUAAUAACACCUUAUCGGUAUCUAAAAGAAGAGUGAGUGGGAAUGUAACAGGUGCUUCGCGGGGUUAUGGCUCCUCUCAAUAUAACAACAAUACCAAUAAUUUACGAAGCUCGAGUGGAUACAAUAGCGCUAGUAAUAAUAAUACUAAUAACAAUAGAAAUUAUUCAACUGAGCAAAUAACUAAAUUACAAACUCAAUUAUCUACAGCCCAAAGUGAAAUAAAGGAUUUGAAGAAUGAUAAUGAAAAAUGGAAAGAGACUGUAGAAGUAGCUCAAAGAGAACGUGAUUUUUAUUUCGGUAAAUUAAGAGAUAUUGAAAUUUUUACUCUUGCAACUUUAGAUUUAAUUAAAGAAGGUACCCAACCAUCAGAAACAAUUGAUUUAACUAAUGCAUUAACAAAGAUUCAAAAUAUAUUAUAUGCUACAGAGGAAGGAUUUUAUGAAGCACCAAUUGAAGAAGAUCUACCAUCAGAUAUUAAAACAAAUGAUAAUGGCCAUACUCAUCUCAGUGAACAACCUACAUCAAACUCAUAUUCCAUAAAUAUUCAACCUGAAAAUACAGCCCCUAAUGAAAGCACUAAUCAUCUAAUUAUAAAUAAUAAUGAUAAUCAAAACAUUUUUAAUGACAGGGCAACAGAUCCUGGAAGUCUCACAAGUGGAAAUAUGCCUCUAAAUGAUGAUGAAAUGUUUUAA